CUCGACCGCCUCCCUCGACCUCAUCCUCCUCCGACCCGACUCUACCCUGCAUCCGGCCUGCGUCGCCGUCCUCUCCGAGACCCAUUCCUCAGAUCCGUCUUGAAUCCGACAGCGCCCCCGUUUCGCCGCUCAAGAUGCCUCCCAAAGCAAAGGCUGCUAGCAGCAACGUCAACGAAGAUGAUGCGUCACACGGCAAGAUUUACUCCAUCUCCGGUCCCGUCGUUGUGGCUGAGGACAUGAUUGGUGUUGCCAUGUACGAGUUGGUCAGAGUAGGUCACGAUAACCUUGCCGGUGAGGUUAUUCGAAUCAAUGGCGACCAAGCCACCAUUCAGGUUUACGAGGAGACAUCCGGCGUCACUGUCGGUGACCCCGUUUUCCGAACCAGAAAGCCCUUGUCCGUCGAGCUCGGCCCCGGUCUGCUCAACGGUAUCUACGACGGUAUUCAGCGUCCCCUCGAGGCCAUCUCGAAAAUCGCCAAGUCUAUCUACAUUCCCCGCGGUGUCGCGGUUCCUGCGCUCGACCGCGAGAAGAAGUGGGAGUUCACCCCGACCCUAAAGGUCGGUGACCACAUCUCGGGUGGUGAUGUCUGGGGUACCGUCUUCGAGAACUCUUUCCUCGCCAACCACAAGAUUCUGCUCCCCCCUCGCGCCCGAGGAACCAUCACCAAGAUCGCCUCCAAGGGCGAGUACACAGUCGUCGAGAAGCUCCUCGAGGUCGAGUUCGAUGGCAAGAAGACCGAGUACCCCAUGAUGCAGACCUGGCCCGUCCGAGUGCCUCGCCCUUCCAACGACAAGAUGUCUGCCGAUCAGCCCUUCAUCGUCGGUCAGCGAGUUCUCGACGCCCUCUUCCCCAGUGUCCAGGGUGGAACUGUCGCUAUCCCUGGUGCUUUCGGUUGUGGAAAGACUGUCAUUAGUCAGUCUGUGUCCAAGUUCUCCAACAGUGAUGUUAUCGUUUACGUCGGAUGUGGUGAGCGAGGCAACGAGAUGGCCGAAGUCUUGAAGGAUUUCCCCGAGCUCACCAUUGAGGUGGAUGGUCGCAAGGAGCCCAUCAUGAAGCGAACCACGCUCAUUGCCAACACCUCCAACAUGCCUGUCGCUGCCCGAGAAGCCUCCAUCUACACUGGAAUUACUGUAGCGGAGUAUUUUCGUGACCAGGGUCUCAACGUUGCCAUGAUGGCUGACUCUUCCUCACGAUGGGCUGAGGCUCUUCGAGAACUGUCUGGUCGUCUGGGAGAAAUGCCUGCUGAUCAGGGUUUCCCCGCCUACCUGGGUGCCAAGCUCGCCUCGUUCUACGAGCGAGCCGGUCGUGUCAAGACUCUGGGUUCCCCUGAGCGCCAGGGCAGUGUCAGCAUCGUCGGUGCCGUCAGUCCCCCUGGUGGUGAUUUCUCGGAUCCCGUCACUACGGCUACUCUGGGUAUUGUGCAGGUCUUCUGGGGUCUCGACAAGAAGCUUGCCCAACGAAAGCAUUUCCCUUCGAUCAACACAUCCGCCUCGUACAGCAAGUACACCAACACACUGGACAAAUUCUACGAGAAGAACUACCCCGAUUUUCCCCGUCUCCGAGACCGCAUCAGGCAGCUCCUUUCUGACUCUGAGGAGCUUGACCAGGUCGUGCAGCUGGUUGGAAAGAGUGCGCUGUCUGAUCCCGACAAGAUCACCCUGGACAUUGCGGCUCUGCUCAAGGAGGACUUCCUGCAGCAGAACGGUUACUCAGACUAUGACCAGUUCUGCCCCAUCUGGAAGACCGAGUGGAUGAUGAAGCUCAUGGUGGGCUUCCACGAUGAGGCCCAGAAGGCGAUUGCUCAGGGCCAGAGCUGGAGCAAGGUGCGAGAGGCUACCUCUGACCUGCAGGCCAACCUGCGACAACUCAAGUUCGAGGUUCCCACUGAGGGUCAGGACGUGAUCUCCAAGAGGUACGAGGAGAUUCAACAGAAGAUGACGGACAAGUUCGCUGCUGUCAUGGACGAGUAAAUCAAGACUCGGGAGGUGAUCUCGAGAGACGUUGCAUUGCAAGCAGUUGCGGUCUUGGGCAUAGAAGAAGGAUAAGGAGGGGGAUAAGUCAGGAGAAAGCCGGUAUUCGAUUACUGUUUGCGACGCCCCAUAGUUUAGUGUGUUGAAUCGAUAUCAAAUUGUUUG